GGAAACUAGAGCCAGGAUGAAGCUUGUUAGCCUUGAAACCACGACACAUUUGCCAAUAUAUCUAUUCUCAAGUUACAUCUUGAGUACACUAUCUUCUCAAAGCUUGGGGGUGAGGCAGCAUAUCCAUUAAUAUAGUCAUUAGUUGUUUCCUUCCUCACCAUACACGUAUCGUUGAAGACAUCUGAAUCCCAGGAAUAUGAAUAUGGCUGGAAUUCCUCCCGAGGUUCGAGGUCUUCAAACAGAUGAGGAUGAAGCAAGAAUUAUCAGAGUCAAAGUCAUUGCUGGAAUUGGACUGGCCAAGAAGGACAUUCUAGGUGCAAGUGAUCCAUACACGAGGGUCUCACUUUAUGAUCCUGUCAAUGGUGAACUGACAAGUGUUCAGACCAAGACGAUUAAAAAGACAUUGGACCCAAAAUGGAAUGAAGAAUUCUUUUUCAGAGUUCAUCCCAGAAAGCAUCGACUUCUUUUGGAAGUGUUCGAUGAGAAUCGUCUGUGGCUGCCUCAGUGCCAUGCUCCGUGGCUGAAUAUACCCCCUGCUCCUUAAAGAGGCAGACCACAGGGGACUGAGCACUUCUGAGGAGUCGGUGCUUUUCCUUCAGCGUACAUCUGACCUCCCCUGGCCAUUA